AUGGAAUUUCAUAUCAACCCCAACAACCUCCCCUCCUUAGCCGGUCAAACCAUUCUCAUCACCGGAACCAACUCAGGCAUCGGUCUUGCGACCACUCAAUUCCUUCUCUCUCGCGGCGCAAAUAUCAUCGCCGGCGAUAUAGCUGCCUCUCCGCCGGCGUCCUUAGCCGGCCCUGGCUCCCAUAAUACAUCCAACGCUCCCUCCGGCUCUCAUUCCGAUAUACCAAACCUUCAACCAGGCACGCUCUUCUAUUUACCCACUAACGUCACCGAAUGGGCCAGCAUCCGUGCCCUCUUCGAACAGGGAUAUCAGCAUUUCGGGCGCAUCGAUCAUGUCUUCGCGAAUGCGGGCAUUCGCCCGCAGAGUAAUUUUCUCGAGGAGACUCUCGAUGAGGACGGUCUCUUGGCGCCGCCUAAUUUACGAACGGUGGAUGUCAACCUGGUCGGGGUUGUGUUCACGCUGAGACUGGGGGUAUAUUAUCUGAAGAGGCCGGGUCGGCCCCAACCUCAGUCAGCGCCUGGGGAGGAGAGGUCGAAUGGCGAGAAGGAUAUGGAAAGUAGGAUGUCAAUGCAGAGCCAGGACGCCCUGACACAAGGAAAGAGCAUCGUGCUCUCCGCCUCGGGUGCCUCUCUGCGCAAUUUCUGGGCCGCGGACUACGCCACUGCCAAACAUGGAGUCCUGGGCCUGAUUCGAGGGCUAAUGGAGGACACGAUCUCUCUCGGCGGGGUGCGUGUAAAUGCUGUGGCGCCAUCUUGGACGGAUACAGGGAUGGUGCCGAGGGCGUUGCUGGAGAGUGUCGGGGCCAGGGUGCAGGAUGCGGAGGUUGUGGCGAGGGCGGUGGCCGGGUUAUGUGGUGACAACGACAGGCACGGCGAGUUGGUUUAUGUCUGGGAUGGCAGGUUUUUUGAAAUAAAUUCGUCCAAGGGCGGCAUGUUGGAUGCGAUCGAGGAGAUGUUGCCGGAGAUGGUGUCGGAGGGGGAGGCGAUGAGGCGACUAAGAGUAACAAGCGGAGCGAGAGAAGUGGUAGGGUAA